UCUCUCCAAUAGACAGCUGCUUACUUUCCUCAUAAUAUAUAUAUAUCCAUAUACGUACACAUACACUCAUUUAUAUCUAUACAUCCCUCCUUUCUAUUUCUUUCAUUAUCUGCAACCCAUCUUUCACUUUCUUAAGAAAAGUCUUUAAACCCCCCACUACAAUCUGAUAUAUGCUCUGCUCUGCUCUGCUCUGUUCUGUUCUAGCUAAUCAUACACAUAUAUAUGGUAGAUACAUAUUUUUGAUUUCUACCCAUAAAGGUUAACACCAAGAAAACCAAUAAAGUCAGUGCCUUUUGAUUAUUAGGCAUAUCACAUUAUGCUCGUGUGAAGGGCGGCCUUAUAUAAUUCAAGUUUGUCAAGAAAGUGGUUUUGAUUGCGACAGCUAGUGUCAAAAUCUAACUAUCCAAACAGUUUUCAUGUGAUUGGAACUACCCUGAUAGCACCUUUUUCUAUGAAUCAUUGAUGGUUCAUUUUCCUUGUUUUGAAUUAGAUGUUUUUGGAUAUAUAAACUUUCUAUUCCAUAGAGCUGCUAGUGAAUCUUGAUCCGUUUUGCCAGUAGGAAUGAUGAGAGUUGCUACUUUUUAUUGAUCGUAAGGUGAUUGGAAAAGUUAUAUACAUAUUUAUUACUAAAGUUUAUAAAAUGGAGACUGAGGCCCUAAUAACUAAAACCCAAUCAAGCGUCACACCCCGAAUCUUUUCUUCUGUUUUACCGGUGCUGUUCGUUGCACUUGCAUACAUUGAUCCCGGAAAAUGGGUUGCAACAAUAGAAGGUGGGGCCCAUUUUGGCUAUGAUCUCAUCAUGAUCAUGUUUGUUUUUAGUUUGGCUGCUGUUCUUUGUCAAUACCUGUCAGCUUGUAUUGCUGUGGUUACUGGGAAAGAUCUUGCCCAGAUAUGCAGUUCAGAGUACGACAUGUUAACAUGUAUCCUUUUAGGAACUCAAGCUGAACUAUCCAUGAUUGUGUUGGACCUUUCUAUGAUUUUGGGUAUGGCACAUGGGCUUAACAUGAUGUUUGGCAUGAGCUUGUUCACUUGUGUCCUCUUGACAUCUUUGGAUGCUUUCCUAUUCCCUCUUUUCUUAAAUUUGUUGGAGACUGGCAAAGCCAAGUUAAUGUGUGUGCGGUUGGCAGCUGUUGCUUUGCUUUCUUAUCUCUUUGGAGUGCUCGUUUCUCAACCAGAUUCAUCACUCUCCAUGGGUGGUGGUACGUUAACAAAAUUUAGCGGGGAAAGUGUUUUCGCUUUGAUCAGUCUUCUUGGUGCCAGCAUAAUGCCUCAUAACUUUUAUCUCCAUUCAUCUAUUGUGCAGAGAACUCACGGACCUGAAGAGUUGUCAAAGGGAUCCUUGUACCUUGAUCAUCUAUUCGCCAUCUUAGGUGUUUUUAGUGGCAUCUUUGUUGUAAAUUAUGCUCUGAUGAACUCAGCAGCAAAUGUUUUCUACAGUUCCGGGCUUGAUUUGCUUACUUUUCAAGAUGCAUUGUCAUUAAUGGAUCAGGUAUUUAGGAGUAUGAUGGGACCCUUUGCUUUAAUACUGAUUCUGUUACUGUCAAGUCAUACAUCAGCAUUGACAUGGAAAUUCAGUGGUCAAACCGUCCUUCAUAAUUUCUUCAAAGUCGAAAUCCCAGCCUGGGUUCAUCACUCAACAAUCAGAUUUUUCACCAUUAUUCCUGCCCUCUUAUGUUCAUGGCAUUCUGGGGCCGAGGGUAUGUAUCAAAUGCUAAUCUUUACUCAAAUCAUAGUUGCCCUUUUGCUUCCUUCUUCUGUUAUCCCCCUUUUUCGGAUUGCAACAUCAAGAUCAGUGAUGGGGUUGAACAAGAUUUCUAAGGUUAUUGAGUUUUUGGUGCUGUUCACCUUUAUUGGAAUGCUUGGCCUAACAAUCAUAUUUGUAAUCGAAAUGGUGUUUGGAAACAGUGAUUGGGCAACUAAUAUCAGAUGGGACAUUGGAAGUAGUGGCUCCAUUUUCAGCCCUUAUACUAUACUUCUUAUGACUGAAUGUAUUUCGUUCUUUCUAAUGCUUUGGCUUGUUGUCACCCCUUUGAAAUCUGCAAGUUUUAGAUCAGAUGUUCUGCCAGAGUCAUCAACUGAAUACAAUACAAUUGAAGAACCCCGAAAGAAACAAGAAACUUCACGCGAUCAUCAUUCAGAUUCACAAGGUGUCAGUUUGCCUGAUGAACGUAUGGAAUCUGAGAAAGGGCUUCGUUUGACUACUAUUGAAGAAAAUUCAUCUGAUACAGCAGUUUCAUCCACACUAGAGGAAUCGGCAACAACAAUUUUAGGUGGUGAUGACCAAAGCACGACGACUGAAGUAUCUGAGUCUAUUGAAAAGACAUUGAGAAUAGAUGGGAAUUCACAGGUUUUAAAAGACCAGAAGAUUGAUACUUGGCAGCCUGAAGAACCAGUUAAAGUAGUGAUGGAAACAAACCAUCAGCUAACACCUGAUGGUCCACCGUCGUUUAGGAGCCUAGGUGGGAAAAAUGACGAUGUGGGAAGUGGUGCAGGAAGUUGGUCUAAGUUAGCAGGAUUGGGUCGAGCUGCAAGACGCCAAUUAGCUGCAGUUCUUGAUGAGUUUUGGGGACAAUUAUUUGAUUUCCACGGGGAAGCAACACAAGAAGCGAAAACAAGAAAACUUGACAAGUUACUCGGGAUAGAUUCUAAGGUAAAUCCGAAGGCAUUAAAGGUGGACAACCAAAGUUUAUUCGACACUUCCAGGCAGCAGCAGAGUGUGCAAACCCGCAGCCCAUGUACAUUGUUGCCAAGCCAAAUGCAACUACUAGAUGCAUACCCAAAACGGGCAAACCUCAAUGUGAUGGACCCGACUGAGAAACGCUACCAUAGUUUACGUCUUCAGUCAUCUUCUGGUGGUCUGCGUGUCCCUCAAACAUCUGGGUCAUACGAUGAUCAACCCGCUACAGUUCACGGGUAUCAGAUCAAGUCAUAUAUCAACCAAAUGGAAUCAUUAGCUCCUAAAUCCCCAUACAAAGCUCCAUAUUCUGCGAUGAAAGGUCCACAAAAUGGGAUUAGCCCGGCUAAGCCACCGGGCUUUCCAGAUCCUGUUGUGUCCAGGAACAACUCGUUGCAAACCGAAAGAAGCUAUAAUUAUAAUCUUCCAGCUGAAACUAUGCAAAGCAGUGUGAAUGAUAAGAAGUAUUACAGUAUGCCCGAUAUAUCUGGGCUCUCACUUCCUCAUCGGGAGGGAACACUCGGCCGGAAAAUUAAUGGGGCAUCAGUGUAUUCUGGCCCGUCGUAUACAUCUGGAACUCCUUCUAGCUAUGCUGGUUUGUAUCAGCCGAGUUCAGGGUCAGAAACAUGGUCCAUUUGGUCUAGACAACCCUACGACCAAUUUGGUGUUGCAGAGAAGGCGAAUCACAGUCGCCUGAGUUUUAACACCCAAGAAAGCGGUUCUGGGGUUGAUUUAGAAGCUAAUCUUCUAAAAUCCUUAAGACUUUGUAUCGUAAAACUUUUGAAACUUGAAGGUUCAGAUUGGUUGUUUCAGCAGAAUAGUGGUCUUGACGAGGACCUUGUGGAUCGUGUAGCUGCUAGGGAGCGGUUUCUUUAUGAAGUGGAGAGCGAGGAGAUGAACGGGGUGGCUCAUACCGGUGACCCUGGAAUAAAAAUCGAUCUGGUGACCUCAAUUCCCAACUGUGGAGAAGGUUGUGUUUGGCGGGCUGAUCUUAUAACAAGCUUUGGUGUGUGGUGCAUCCAUCGGGUUCUUGAGCUUUCACUCAUGGAAAGCCGGCCCGAGCUUUGGGGGAAAUACACUUAUGUUCUUAAUCGUCUUCAGGGGAUAAUCGAGCUGGCGUUCUCUAAACCACGAGCAGCAAUGAACCCAUGUUUCUGUCUUCAACUACCUACUUCCUACCAACAGAGAAAGGCGUCUCCACCUAAAUCAGCAACAAGUCUGCCACCUACGGCAAAACAAAGCAAAGGGAAAUGCACCACAGCUGCCAGUCUGUUGGACAUUGUGAAGGACGUGGAGAUUGCAAUAUCUUGUAGAAAAGGCCGAACAGGUACUGCAGCUGGUGACGUGGCAUUCCCAAAAGGAAAAGAGAACCUGGCAUCCGUCCUCAAGCGUUACAAACGUCGGUUAUCUAACAAGCCCGUUGUCCCUUCAGAUGGAUUAAGCGGGACUCAUAAAUCUACCUUGUCAGCAGCAGCUGCAUCUUUUGUAAUGUAAUUGACCCAGAUGCCAGUUUUGUUUGUCAUUUGUGGGAGUGGAAAAGAGCAAGAAAACGACCUGGUUGCUCAGUUUCAGGUAGAUCUUCUCAAUACAUGUCGUCCUCGUUAUGUGAUCUGUACAUGUUUUUACGUUGGCGACAGAAAGAUGUAUAACGAUGGGCGAUGGCUGAUUUUGUUUAUUUUGAUCUUGUUUAUUGGAGGAACGCUGGAUUACAUAAACACGAUUAUAUAAACAGAAGUGGAAACAAGUCAAACAAGAUUAUAUGCAAUGCUUUGCAUCACCAAGUUACUGUCAUUGUUAUCGAAGUGAUUAUUAUUUUACCCAUAAUUUCCAAGACUAAUAGGUUCUCAGAUCAA